CUCCACAUCGUCUCACAACGUCUUUUCGUCUAGCCUACAUUCGGCGUGCUCAAGUUUUCUGGAACUACUGUUCACCGCUGUGGUUCCCACUGUUGCUCGCACAUCAUGAGUUAGUUCUCUUGUUUACUGAAGAAGGAAGGACGACGUAAUUAUUUCUUUAGAAUCACUUUCUUUGCUUUGAGUGAGAAGACCACAUCACGUCUACACAUGCGUUUCGUCUUUGGUUUGCCUUUAAAACAAUAAAAACAUUUUAAAUGAGACGUCUUAAUUCACUUGCUGCUGAUCAUAAGCGGAGUGUUUUAACUUCACUGAAGUUGGUUAAAUAAAACGACUAAGGCUUUUCUCGCGCAUCUUGCCCUGCGGUGCGUGCGAUGCACGACGAAAUGGACUGAAAACACGCUGCUUCGUUUCUCAUUGCCUGCGAGCAAGUGGCGUUAUUUUGGUGGGACUUUUAUAAAAGGGCUCGGUGUGAGCGAGAAACAUGGAGGAGGACAGUCUUCAAGAAAACGUAGAUCAGACUUCCAAGGAUUCAGAUCGCCAACUUCGCUUAAGACUCUGCGUUUUGAACGAGAUCUUGAACACUGAGCGGGAUUAUGUGAGGACUCUUGCUUUUCUCCAGUCGGCCUUUCUAUGGAGAAUCAGACAGACGGCAGAAAGCCAACAGUGUCUGACCCCCGAACAGGUCAAGAUCCUGUUCUCCAACAUCGAGGAGAUCCUGGGUGUCCACCUGGAGGUGCUGUCGGCGCUGGACGCUAGCCUGCAGCCCGAACCCCAGCCUCAGCAUGCUCUUGGCCAUGUCUUCCUUCAGUUCAGAGGUCGCUUCUCUGUGUAUGGAGAGUACUGCAGCAACCACGAGAAGGCCCUCCGGCUCCUGAUGGAGCUCAACAAGAUCUCGCACAUCCGAACGUUCUUACUGCACUGCAUGCUACUAGGCGGGAAGAAGAGCACAGAUGUGCCCCUGGAGGGCUACUUGCUCUCCCCCAUCCAGAGGAUCUGCAAAUACCCGCUCCUCCUGAAGGAACUGCUGAAGAGGACCCCGAAGAAGCACUUGGACUACCCUGCUGUGGAAGAAGCGCUGCAAGCCAUGAAGGAGGUGUGCUCCAACAUCAAUGAGACCAAGAGGCAGAUGGAGAAGAUGGAGGCUCUGGAGCAGCUACAGUCGCACAUUGAGGGCUGGGAGGGGACAAAUCUAACUGAUAUCUGUACUGAGCUGCUCCUCCAUGGGAACCUGCUGAAAAUCUCAGCAGGAAACAUCCAGGAGAGAGUCUUCUUCCUGUUUGACAACCUCCUGGUGUACUGCAAGAGGAAGUCCAGGGUGUCAGGGAAGAAGUCCACCAAGAGGACAAAGUCCAUCAACGGGCCGCUGUAUGUCUUCCGUGGGCGCAUCAACACUGAGGUGAUGGAGGUGGAGAAUGUGGAGGACGGAACAGCGGACUAUCACAGCAACAACUACACUGUGACCAAUGGCUGGAAGAUUCACAAUACGGCCAAAAACAAGUGGUUUGUCUGUAUGGCCAAGAAUGCUGAGGACAAGCAGAAAUGGUUGGAUGCCAUUUUAAAGGAGCGUGAACAGCGAGAGAGUCUCAAGCUGGGGAUGGAGAGAGAUGCUUAUGUGAUGAUUGCAGAGAAGGGAGAAAAGCUCUACCACAUGAUGAUGACCAAAAGCCGACAUCUCAUCAAAGACCGCCGGAGGAAGCUCAGCAUCGUGCCCAAGUGCUUCUUGGGAAAUGAGUUCGUGGCCUGGCUGUUGGAGAUGGGGGAGAUCAGUAAAGCAGAGGAGGGCAUUAAUCUUGGCCAAGCCCUGCUGGAGAACGGCCUGAUUCACCACGUGUCCGAUAAGCACCAGUUUAAAAACGAGCAGGUGCUGUAUCGCUUUCGCUACGACGAUGGCACGUACAAAGCCAGGAGCGAGAUGGAGGACAUCGUAUCGAAGGGUGUGAGACUCUACUGUCGUCUCCACAGCCUCUUCACACCUAUAAUCAAAGAUCGCGAUCACCACCUAAAGACGUUUAAGUCAGUGUUGCCGGCCAGCAAGCUGGUGGACUGGCUUCUGUCACAGGGAGACUGCUCGACUCGCGAGGACGCUGUCACACUUGGGAUUGGCCUGUGUAACACUGGUUUCAUGCACCACGUGCUGGAGAAGAGCGAGUUCAAGGAUGAGUCUCAGUUCUUCCGUUUCUAUGCUGAUGAAGAGAUGGAGGGGACCAGCGCCAAGAGCAAGCAGCUUCGGCACGACUUCAAGCUCAUCGAGAACAUCCUCGCCAAGUCCAUAGUGAUCCAUCCUGAGGAAGACCAAUACGGCUUUGAGAUUGAGGAGAAGAAUAAGGCUAUUGUGGUGAAGAGUGUGACCAGUGGCUCCUACGCGGAGAUGGCUGGUCUGCAGGUCGGAAGGAAGAUCUACUCUAUUAACGAAGACCUGGUGUUCCUGAGGCCCUUCUCUGAAGUGGAGACCAUGAUCAACCAGUCCUUCUGCAUACGGCGUACUCUUAGGCUCCUGGUCGCCACCAAAAACAAAGAGAUCGUGAAGAUUCCGGACUGCCAGGAUGGCCUGUCAUUCAAACUGCGUGGCUCCGCCCCUCCAUAUGUGCAUGCCGUGAAGAAAGGGUCCGAGGCCGCAGCGGCAGGCUUGCAGCCUGGUCAAUGUGUGCUUAAAGUGAAUGGCAGCAGUGUGAGUCAGAAUAACUAUAAAGAGGUGCUGGAACACUUCAGCAGCCACCGUCCAGAGGAGGAGGAGGAGCUGGCCUGCGGUGAGUGGGUGUAUCGGGUGUAUGACGGCAUGGAGGCUUGCCUGGCCCACAAUGGGUCAAAUGCAGAGGAAAAUGGCUGCUCCAAUGGAACAGAGCCAGUGGCCCUGGCCAGAGAAGUCCCACUGAUCAGCCUGAUGGUGGACAACGUCCACCUGGAGCACGGCGUGGUGUACGAGUACGUUAGCUCAGCUGGAAUCAAACACCACGUGCUGGAGAAGAUGGUGGAGCCCAAGGGCUGUUUCAGUCUCACAGCGAAGAUAUUGCAGGCCUUCGCUAAAGAUGACGGCCAUUUUGUGACGAGUUGCAGUCAGCUCAUCGCACAGAGCGAGCGCGUAGUGUCCAUGCCCCAGUUUGAGUUCAGGAACAUAUGUGACACCAAGCUGGAGAGGAUACAUCGACGCAUCCGCAGCUAUCGCCAGUUUGCAGAGGAGCUGCAGAACAAGGCGUCGCCCAUGUUUAAACAGGCCAGCACUGCUGCACGGGUGCUCGACUGCAUGGACUUUGUGCCCACCAACUGCCAUCUGAACCUGAUGCAGGUGUCCUGCCCCAAGAGCAGUACAUCCGCUGGCCGUGCCUUCAGCAUUCGUUUCGGACGCAAGAACUCCUUCUUCGGCCUGGACCCAGACCAAGCCAACCUGAACCCCAUGGCCCACACGGUGCACUGCGUCACCAGUAUGGCCGCCCCAUCCUGGAGGACCCGUGGCCUGGCCGAGGACAAGGAGGAGGAUGAGGGGCACGGCAGGACCCAACGAGAGGGAGGCCUGAGUAUCCUCCUCAAGGAGGAGGACACCGAGAGCCAAGACAGUUACAUCUACCUGUACAACCGGCUGGACAUCUCUGUGCGGGAGAUGAAGCAAUACGUGGCCCAGAUCGACGUGCUCCUCUCCUCCAUCACUGGGCCCUUCCAGCCUCAGAGCUCAGAGCCACCAGCCUUUGACACGGGGCCUGCCUCUUCCCCCUCCCCCGGCCAUGAGGAGUCCAGUCAGAGCAAGCGAGUGUGCUUCAAAGUGAACGAGGACGACCAGGAGGAUUCUGGACACGACACAAUGAGCUACAGGGACUCGUACAGUGAGUGCAACAGCAACAGGGACUCGGUGCUGUCCUACACGAGUGUGCGCAGUAACAGCUCCUAUCUGGGGAGUGACGAGAUGGGCUCAGGGGACGAGUUGCCCUGUGACAUGCAGAUUCCCCUAGACAAGCAGGACAAACUCCAUGGAUGCCUGGAGCAUCUGUUUAAUCAGGUGGACUCCAUCAACAGUCUCCUGAAGGGGGAGGUCAUGAGCAAGGCCUGCGAGGAAACCAAGCAUUUCCACCCCGACCACAGCCAGCCAGAAUUUCGCCAUACCGAUGACUGGACAGCACGUUGCCGACACGUCCUGCACAAGAACAUCCAGGAGGACCCUUGGAACCUGCCUAGCUCCAUCAAAAACCUGGUGGACAGCUUGCAUCGCUUCGUAGAAGAUGGGAGGAAUCAGCUCCUGCUGGCCUUGCUGAAAUGCACAGACACGGAGCUGCAGUUACGGAGGGAUGUCGUUUUCUGCCAGGCCUUGGUGGGGGCGCUGUGCACGCUUGCUGAGCAGCUGGUGUGCGCUCUCAGCCUGCGCUUCAACAACAACGGCGAGUACGAGGAUGACAGCAAGGAGGUCAGCUGCAAAUGGCUGGAGCAGCUCUCCAACGUUGGCGUGCUCUUCAACUACCAGUCAGCUCUCUCGCCACAUGUGAGGGAGGAGCUUACCAUGCUGGAAGAUAUGAAGGCAGCUCUGGAGGACCUGGAGAAAGUGUCCGUGCUCUUCCGACCGCUGGAGGACCACUGCAUUGUCGCAAACACACCAGUGCACUAUCAGGUGGAGGGCAGUCGCCAGGCCCUGCGUGUCACGCUCUACCUCGACCACUGCCACUUCAUCGAGCUUCCCGCACGGCUAAAGAGCGGUGGCAGCCUCAAGCUCCACUCGGCCCUCUUCACCAGAGCUCUGGAGAGAUCUGAGGCUUCUCAGGACUUGGCGAUGGAGGAGUUUCAGCAGCGGAUCAACGCUGAAUCACUCGAGAAGGUCAAAUCCUAUUACCGCAAACUCAGGGGAUUCUAUCUGGAGAAACUGAAGUUACCCUCAGAAUCAAAUUCCACUGCCAUGAAAUUAGAUCAGCUCCUACGUCCCCUCAACACCCUGGAUGACCUGUGCCGCCUCAUGCAGACAUACGUGAAUGCGCGUCCAGCUGCUGCGGGCCACCCGUCCGGGGUCAGCAUGUUGCUUAUCUCCUCUGAGCUCUGCAGUCGCCUGGGCGCCUGCCACAUUGCCAUCUGCGCCACUGGCAUGCAGAGGUGCACACUGACUGUUUCUCUGGAGCAGGCCAUGAUUCUGGCCAGGAACCAUGGCCUCAUGCCCCGCUGCUUCAUGCAGACCAUGGACAUCAUGCGCAAACAGGGCACCAGAGUAGAGAUCUCUGCCAAAAACCUCAAAGUAAUGGACCAGAUGCCUCCCAAUGCACCAAGGCUGUUCAAGCUGUGUCUACCACCCUCUGAUGGCAAUCUCUGAGUAUGGAUAUGCUCCUCCCCGUAGCCUCUUGACCAUUCAAAAGAAGGAUUAAAGAAAAUGUAGUGAUUCUGGAACGUCAAGGUCUUUAAUUUUUGCCAGGCGAUUCUGUUCUGCCACACCUUUGCCCUCAGGCUAUUUUCUAGGAGGCUAACUCAGAUAAACACAAAAUGACUCUUAUAAUAAUAUAACCGCAUUCAACUGCUAAGGUUAGCAAUGCUAACUUUGGCCAGCAACAUCUGCUCUCACUGUUUCUGCAUAGAUUCCUCUUAGUCUUCUUGGACUUUGCCACGUGGCAUUUGUAGGCCCGUACUCAAAAAUGCAUCUUUAUUUUUUAACUGAUUUACUAAAACUACCUGCAAUAGAUUGUGUUUUUCCUUUUGCCUUUGACUGCAGUGGCAGUGGGCUAACGGGUUCAGUCUAGAGAUGGCGAGGCUAGGGUCCUUACUUGCUGCCUCAGAAAUGUGGUGAUUAUGUGCAAUUACUGUAGCUUAGCAUGUGCGUUCCUGCAUUAUCCUUUUAUAAAAGUAUUCUUCAAAAAGAAGAAAGGUGUGGGUUUUUUUGUUUUUGUUUUCUUUUCAGUUCAUUCAGGUAAUAAGGAAUUGCUGAAACCAUUCCAAUAUAACAGUAACCCAACAGUAUUAUAUGGACCAAUCUGACACUGUUUAAGAUGUUGUCUUAGUUUAUAUAUUGAAAUGCUAUAUUUUAUUUUAUUUUAUUACAGUUUAUUAAGUUUGUGUUGGAGUACCAUCAUCUGUCCAUUGUUGGAUUGUAAGUGGGCAAUUAAAAUUACAAAUGAAGGUAAUUGUCAAGCUAAAUAAAAUAUAUUAUUUUUUCAGUUAACCAAUUGACAUCUAGCAUUGACACUGAAGUCUUAAGACUAAUCAGAUGUUAGAGAAACAAAAAACAUUUUUGUUUGUGUCUGUGUCUGGUUUUGGCACUUUUUAAAUUCUAGUCUAUGCCAUGUUACAGUAUAUAGCUGUUUUAGAGUGUAGCACAAGUGUUUUGAGAAGCACAAUAAAAACAGCUCAAGUAUUCAGCAGUGUUUGCUAAAUGUACUGUGCAUUUUAGAUGCUAGGUAAAAAAACUAAGGAAUCAUUGAAGGAUGGGUAGCUAUUUUUAUUUUAUUGAAUUUCUGUUUCUGUGUGUAUAUAUACCUAUAUAACAUUUGUCUAUCAGACGGACAAGCAUAAUUGUAUCCUUUUUGGGAGCAGUGAUGCCAUAAUUUAAAUGUAAUUAAUAAUGUUAAGAAAACAAUAAGCAAUUGUAAAUUUCUCAUUUUGUAUGCUGUAUAUGUGAAUAGGAGUCAUUCAUGUGUAACUUACAGUGUUCUCAGUAUUUAAAUUCUAACUAUAUUCCAUGUGGUCAGUAGAGAUUUCUAGAUAACUGGUGAUACAUGAGUACUCUUUCUUAGGAACUAGAUUACUUGGUAGUAUUCUUCUUUUCUGGGUUCCUCAAAGCAAGCUCAAAGUAUUUGCAUAUGUAAAUGUUACUGCAUCACAUGGCUAACCUGCUGUAACACAAGCUAAAAAUCUGGACCAAGACCAGAUCUGCUUUCUGUAUAAUCAGCCAUGACAGUUGGAGCCAGUGUUCAAUUUGUCAUGUUCAAUGGUUCCUUUAAAUGGGAAAUCAAGAAGUGCCACAGGGUUGGCUCUGAGUUUGUUUACCUAGGAUCCAAAUGAAUGAAUAUUUCAUUACUUGUGAUCCUAUGUAGUUUUAAACACGUUUGGUUACUUUAGGUCAGAAAUUAUGGUUCCCAUGUAAGAAUUUUACAACAGACACACAUGUGUUUACUUUGUGAAAUAACCUAAAAUGCAACACUGUGAGAAUUAUAUUAAUCUAUUUUAUACAAUGCUAUGUUCUGUAAUUCACUGUGCCUUCUGAUGUGGAAAAAAAUUGGCCGUCACCAUUAAACAUGAAUGAUAGUAUGGCAUAUCUUCCUUUGCAACCGGAACUAGUCCAAAAAUAUAUACAUAAACUAAAAAAAAAAAAAAAAAAGUAAAAAUUGAGUCAAAUUGUUGAGACCAUUUGAUUCUGAGCUUACUUUGGGGAGACCAGGUUGGUGUGCUGUAACUUGAAGUGUUGGUGAGGGGAGCUUGGCUUGUGACCUGUAGCAGAACUGAGGAGGUCGAUGCACACCUGCCAUGUCUUGGAGCAGGGACAAUGGGAAAUGGUGUCAGGGAGCGGAUCCCAAGACCAGGCAUGGGAAUCCCUGGUUUAGGGAAAAGCUUCAAUCUGUGGUGAUGUGUCAUUUUAAGUUGUGAUGUUUUUGGAUGUUUUGAUGUGUUGAUGAGCCUCUUUUAACAUGAUUAUCACAUUAAUCGGUAAUGCCAAUUUACUAACAAGUUAUUAAAAUCAGACAGGUUUAAGUGCAAAUACUUAUAAUACUGGCUGAAGUAUGUCACCACAGUCAACACAGCAAUACAAAACCUUGUACAAACAUUUCUCAGAUUUUAUUUUAUAAUUACAGAAGGUAUAAUAUUCUGUCACAAAUGGACAUUAAAUUCUGACAUAAUUAAAACCAA